AUGGAUCUCAUGAACGGUCUGCCCAAAACUACCGCCUCCUCCGCCACCCCCCGACGAAGAACAGUCAACUUCCUCACUGAAAAUUCUGUGAAAUACAUUGAGGGAUUUUCUGGACCAAUUAUGUCAAAGCAGGUGUUCGAGACGUUUGACAGAAACGAAAUCACAGAUUCGAUGCUGGUGGAAGCUGUCAGCUUAUUCAACGAAAACUAUGGUGUAUGGGGAACACAUCCCAUCGGCUCUUAUCCAACGCCGAAACAGGGUGGGUCGCGCAAGCACUAUUUUGAAGGGAUGGCUAACCUUGUGAAUAGGAAGCCGCGUGAAGCUGAGCAAAGACCGCCUGCGAGCCCAAUAUUUACCCGAAAACGUCGACUGCUCGUAUGUGAAGGUUACAAUAGAAGGUCGCCUGGCAGGGAAUGUCUUUGCCUGCCGAUGGAAAUUCGAGAAAAAAAUAAUCUGCUGGAUUACUCAACUAGUUGUGCACGGCGACUACCGCGAGCGUGGGCUCGCGGUCAGCUUGCUGAACUGUGUGCGCCGAGAUGA